CCUCUUGGCUCAAGAUUUAUUCAUCUCCUUGCCUCUAUAUCAUACCCAACAGUCUCCAGGUUUAUGCUCUUAUCCCCGCUUCAUUUUUAUCCCGCUGCAAGCCAACGCCUGUCGGGGCUGCUGGUCAACCGCAUUCAAGCGUUCUAGCAUCUUAUUUUAGCGCAGUCAAGGUGCAGUAACCCCCUGUUGCUUGAUUGUCUCCUGGUCUGCAAGACCUGAUCAACAGCCAUGGCCCGUGAUGAGUCGGCCCGCAUCGCGGGCGUGGGGAGGUGGUUCCCAUCGCUGCCAAACGACCGCGUAGAGAACUCGGAGUGGCGCCUGGACAUCAUCACGCUGCUCGCCGUCAUCGGCGAGUCGUCCAUGGCGGAGCACUCGCAGACCAUCACCUCGUCGGCCCUCUGCCUACUGCCCCGCAUCCUGCCGGCGCCCCAGGCCCUGCUCAAGCCCGUCCGGCCCCACCGCAUGCCGUCGACCGCGGCCAAGGUCACGGGCGUCAAGAGCGGCGUCGCGCUCGACUCGGUCGCCUUCUUCGCAAACAUCAUCAUCAAGCUUGACGACAUCAAGCCGUUCGAGUUCCGCGUCAUAAACAUCAAGCACAAGGACGAGGCCAACGCCGCCGGCGACAUUGUCGUCAAAAGGUCCCCGUCCCACGGCUCCCCCUCGGCCAUGGACUACGUCCGCCGGCUUUUUCGCCUCGGCAGGAAGAACACGGGCACGUCCCAGGGCGGCGCGGCGGGCCACGGGAUGCUGGGCCGGCGCCCCCCCUCACUGGAAGCCGAGGACAGCAGCGCCACGGCGGUCGGCCCCGGGCCCUCCGCCGCGCGGUCCACGGGCCGCUCCGUCACCUUCAAGGAGUCUACCGACGCGGACGUGGAUCCGGAGAAGGGCGGGGCGGGGCCCCCGCACCACCACCAGCUGCGCCGACGGCCGACGGCCAAGGACAAGAUGACCGACUUCAUCGCGAACCCCACCCUGGCGACGCUCCGCGAGCGUCCCGCGAUCCCCGCAAAGCUCUGGAGCCCCAUCCACGUCCUCGGCAUCUUCUCCAUGCUCGUGACGGUGGCGCUGCUCGUCAUGGCCUGGUACUGGACCGACGGGCCGGCCAUGCUGGCCGUGAGCAUGAUCGGCCUGCAGUCGAGCAUCGUCGGCUGGGCCAGCUGGUGGCGGCCCGUGCUCAUGAAGCGGACGCACACCAACCGGGUGCCCGAGGGCGACGUCGUGAUCCGCACGCGCGAGGGCGCCUUCAUCCUGGUCCGGUGCAGCGAGGAGGUCGGGCGCGAGCUCUUCUCGACGGCCGAGUGCGACUACCGCAUCAAGGACAGCCGCGUCUACCGCCUGCUCAUGGGCCUCGGCACCGUGAUGCUCAUGUUCAGCACCGUGCUGCUCGGCAACUGCUCCUGGAACAUGCAGCUCUUCGUCGGCGCCUCGUACAUCAUCCUCAACGCCCUCUACUGGGCCCUGAGCAUGCUGCCGCCCAGCGACUUUUGGGACCUGGGCCGCUACGACUGGAAGUGGGCCACGCCCGACGACGCGAGCGACGCCCACGGCAGCCUCCUCGACGACGACCACCUAUCAAAGUACGACCAGCGCGAGGGCGUCCCCAGCUUCACCCGCACGCUCUGGUACGCCAUCCGCGAGACCGGGGUCACGGGCUGGGCCGAGCGCGGCGGCGCCGCACCCACGACGCCGCCUUGGCAGCAGUGGCUCGCCGAGGCCGAGGCGGCCGUGGGGGCCGGCAACAGGGAAUGGCCUGCCGUCAGCCGCAAGGACGAGAUUCUGAAGGAGUACUUGGUCAAAACCAGUGCUCCUAGGGCUACGGCCGAGCCGCCUUUGCAGGACCCGGGAAAGCAGCACGCUCCCGCUACCGAGGUGCAAUUGCCAAUCGACGGCACUUGCUGAUGCAACCGCUGCUUUUCAGGGGUUGAUCUAGCGCCAUUUUUCUUUGUUGUCCUUUUCCUUGUUCGAGGCAUCCCCGUUUUCUUGGGUACGUUCAUAAUGUGAUGUCACGCGCGAAUAUUCUGCAUCGUCCAUUAAAUUAGGAUUGUGAUGUCAGUUUUCCUUGUCAGCUAGGCGCUCACCUUGGGUAUAUUGGAAAUGGGUCUUUUAAUAACAAGAGGGACGAACAAGGGUCACUGUAAAUGAAGAACACGUUGGAAAUGGUAGAGACAGGAAAAUAAUAGUGUCCAUAGUAGAUAGUGGCAGGCGUGAGUCCAUCAGUUACCCUCCAGCGCCCAAAUCGACCGCACUGACUUUAAACCCCUGUCCGAGCUCGGGGUCAUGGUCCG